CCAAGAUCUCAGUACCAUUCCAUUGCUUAGAAUUCCCGAAUUGAGUUCUAUUGAAAGAUACCCGGAAGAACGCGAACAAAAUGAGAUUGUUGCCUGUGCUAGCGCUGACCCUGGCCAUUCUGGUCUGUGGCACUGUGGUCGCCGCUCAAGAUACUACGGAUAGUUCUGAGUACGAUUAUAGUGAUUACAAUGACGAUGACUAUAGUUACGAGGAUUAUGAAGACGAGGGCUCGACCGAAGAUGCAACAACAGAGGCGAGUUCCAACAACGACUCGGGUGUGAGCUCGGGAGAGGAAUCGGAAGACAGUUCUGAAGAUCAAGUGGAUAGUGGAUCGAGUGAAGUGACCCCCGCUCCAGUGGUCCCCACGAAGCCAAGUCCAGCCACACCGAAAAAAGCCCCGAAGCGUGCUGCCGGCAAAAACAAGCAGCGUCGUAGGCGAACCACCGCAGCGCCCAAGAGACGCACCACAGUGGCACCGAAGCGCCGCCAGCCAGUUGCCACGCCCACCAGGAGGCAGACACCUGUGGCAGCCGCCAAAAAGCGUGCCACCGUGGCAGCUAAAAAACGUAAGCAGGCCUCGGGUUAAGUCAGAGGUACAUACUCGUACAUUAGAUGUAAUCCAUAAAUAAAAAGGCUACUUUUGCGGGCACAAAGCAAAGGCAAAAAGCACAGUAAAUUCUGA